AUGAAAUCCGAGCUACCAAUGCUCGCUGCUUACAUCUCUUAUCUCGUCCUGUUUUUCUACUUUCCACUGAAAUUCCUCUUCGCCUGGGAACUCAACUGCGCCUGUUCAUUCAUUAUCACAUGCGAAACCACCCGAAUGGCUAUGAAAUUGCAUUCAUUUUUACGCGAGAAUAUGUCACGAGCCAUUUCUAAGAAGACCAGCGGAGCGACUGUUCAGCCAGGCGCUACAUCUGACUGGCCCACCGUUGAGCAAUACGUCUACUUCAUGUUCUGCCCAUCGUUUAUUUAUAGAGACGAGUAUCCAAGAACAGAUACAAGAUGUGUGAGAAAGGCUGCCAUACAUUUUUUUCACUGCUUUAUACUUAUAGAAUUCGUUAAUUUGCAAUUCACUCAGUAUGUCUUCCCAUGGAUGGACUCGCAAGAUUAUACCUCCUUAUCAGUGCGCGACAUCGUACUCUCGUUAUUUGCUGGAAUUCUACCUGGUAUGAUAUGUCUUGUUUCGUUGUUUUAUGGGCUGCUACACUCAUGGCUGAAUGGGUUCUCCGAGCUGAUGCGUUUCGGUGAUCGACAGUUCUAUAUGAAUUGGUGGCACGCCGACAACAUGGCCGAGUACUACCGCAACUGGAAUCUGGUCGUACACGAUUGGCUAUAUGCUUAUGUAUAUAGGGAUGUAUCAAAGCUUAUACUUGAAUUAAUAGAACCAUCCAAGUACGUAAAUGGUCUAGACGAGAAAAAGACUUCGUUCCGUUCGGCUUCUAUGCGACAAACUGCACCGCGACUUGGACGAUUGUAG